AUGUCAACCCGCCCUCAUCCCUUGCGGCAGUCGUACACUGUCGACUACGCCAACCUCGAUGUCACAAACAACGACAACAACAUCAACCGCCAGCCUUCCACGACGUCUUCUUCGGCCUCAUCUGGGUAUUCUUAUACCUCCGAAUCGUAUGACUUCGGUCGAGCCUCCACUAACUCCUCCAUGACCUCCAGCGCAUUCGGCCCCUCGAUACAUACCCACAGGCGCGGGAAGAGCGAGGCAGCUAUUCCUCGACAGCCACCGACAAGAUCAAAUACUUACGAUGAGGCCAAGUCAAGUGCUAAGGACAUGUACAGCUCAGUCAGACAGUCUUUGAGACCAUUAGGCCAAGCUCCAGCCCCAAGUCCCAGCCCGCCAGCUCAUCGCCUAUCACCUUCCAAGACCCCUCCUAGUCCUGGCUAUGGCCGACAAGAGCGUGGCCAGAGUGUUGAUUUUGGGAUACCCAAAACGCCACCAAGUCAAAGUCGUCAUGAACGCGGCCAGAGUCUCGAUAUCGGUAGACUCUCAUUAUCGAACGAGCAGACUUCGCCGCGAACAUCUCCACAGACAUCUCCGACUCGUCCGCCUCGCACCACCGCGUCUCGCCCGACCUCGAUGCUUCUCACUCGCUCCGAUUCUAUAAGGCAAUCUCCAGCGACCACACAUUCCAACGCUGUCGUACACUCACCACUGGCGAGACCGGAUCUGCAGCAGCUUGGUCGCUCCUCCACAAGCCAACUUAGGACACUGUCCAAGCUGGGCACUGCAGAAGAUUUUGCCAUUACUUCCCCAACGCAAGAAGUUGUUGGUCUUCGUGGACGCCGUAGAUUACAGCGAACUGGUGACCAGAAUGGCCAACGAGCUGGCGACAGGUAUGGUUUCGGUGGCCGCAACUGGAUGGACAAGCAGCGCCAAUUCCUCCAAGCCUAUGAAUACCUUUGCCAUAUAGGAGAAGCUAAGGAAUGGAUAGAGGAUGUCAUCCACCGGCAAAUCCCGCCCAUCGUCGAGCUCGAAGAAGCCUUGCGAGAUGGCGUUACACUUGCCGAAGUCGUUGAGGCAUUGAACCCUGACAGGCGUUUCCGCAUAUUCCGCCACCAGCGGCUACAGGCGCGGCAUUGGGACAACGUCGCUACAUUUUUCCGUUAUUUGGAUGAAGUCGAAAUGCCAGACCUGUUCCGAUUUGAGUUGAUCGAUCUAUACGAAAAAAAGAACAUUCCAAAGGUCAUCUACUGCAUACAUGCUCUCAGUUGGCUACUAUUUCGCAAGGGCAUCGUAGACUUCAGGAUAGGCAACUUGGUUGGACAGCUCGAGUUCGAGCACCAUGAGCUGGAAGCUAUGCAAAAAGGGUUGGACAAGCUUGGAGUCAACAUGCCCAGCUUUGGUACCAUGGGCGCUGACUUUGGUGUUGAGCCUACGCCUAAGCCUGACCCCGAGCCCGAAGAGACUGAGGAGGAACGUAUCGACCGGGAACUCGGCGAAAAUGAAGCGAUGAUACUAGAUUUGCAAGCCCAGAUCCGAGGUGCAUUGGCACGGAUGCGACUCGCUGACGUGAUGAACUCCCUGUGGGAUUCCGAAGAUUGGAUCAUCGACCUCCAAGCAAGAAUUCGCGGGGACUGGACCCGACAGAUUAUGGACUAUCGACUUCAGAUGAGGCAAUUUGCAGUGCAACUUCAGAGCGCCGCCCGUGGCUUCCUGAUUCGCAACAGCAUGAUGAACAGAGAGCAUUUCUGGAAGAGCAAGGAAAAGAACAUCAUCAAGCUACAGAGCAUGAUGCGGGCUAUUCAAGUUCGCAACGAGGUACGCGAGACUAGAUCUCAGUUAGCAUCUGUUGAUGGUCCCGUGAGGAGCAUUCAAGCUCUUUGCAAAGGAUUUCUCGCUCGUGAGAAGGUGUCUUCGCAGCAGCAGGAGACGAACCAGCUGCAGGGACCUGUAAUGAUGCUGCAAUCUGCAAUUCGGGGUAUGCUGGUGCGAGGCAGCGUAGAGAAGGAUCUCCUUCAUCUUGAACAAGAGUCACCAGCCAUAACAGGCUUGCAGUCUUUCGCCAGGGCGAUGCUGACGCGAAAGCAGAUCAACCAGCAGCGCGAGAUUCUUAAGGGCUUCGCGCAGCAAUGGGAGACCUUACAAGCUGUCUGCCGGGCCAACGCUGUCCGAUCAGAUGUCUCUGCCACGACAGCCGAGCUGAACAAGCACACCUCGGAGAUCGGCGCUCUGCAAGCGUCGAUCCGGGCCGCAGCUGUUCGUAGGGACACGGCUGACCUGCUCGACGAUUUAAACUCGCAUGAAGCGGCUAUCAUCGACCUGCAGUCCAACGCAAGGGGUAUGAUAGAGCGGCAAAGGGUGGCCGCCGACCUUGACGAGCUCGAGAACCUGGCUUCUGAGAUCUCAGACCUACAGGCAAGAAUCCGCGGCUCGCACUCUAGGGCGCAGCACAUCGCCCUCUUGGACCAACUUGAAUCCCAUGAAGAUGAGAUCAUAUCUCUUCAAGCUCUAGCUCGCGCCAUGCUUUGUAGAGCGAACAUCGGCGACCUGCUUGCAGAACUUGAUGAGCACGAUGAUGCAAUUACCGAGCUCCAGUCUCUCACCAAAGGUUAUAUUGUUCGAGCUCAGUUCGAGGAGAAGAAGAGGCACUUCAACGAGAAUAUGCAAAAAGUCAUCAAGAUCCAGAGUUUUGUCCGUGCCAAGAUCCAGGGCGAAGCGUAUAAGAGUCUCACAACCGGAAAGAACCCUCCGGUUAAUGCUGUCAAGAAUUUCGUGCAUCUUCUGAAUGACAGUGACUUCGACUUCAAUGAAGAGAUCGAAUUUGAGAGAUUACGGAAGACGGUUGUCCAACAAGUACGUCAAAACGAGAUGCUCGAGCAAUAUAUCGAUCAGUUGGACAUCAAGAUUGCCCUCCUAGUGAAGAACAAGAUCACCCUUGAUGAAGUUGUUAGGCAUCAGAACAAUUUCGGUGGCCACGCAAGCUCUUUACUGGCCAACAGUUCUAUUGCCUCUGCAAACCAUUUCGACUUGAAGGCCCUCAACAAAAGUUCUCGCAAAAAGCUCGAAUCGUACCAGCAGCUAUUUUUCAACCUUCAAACACAACCUGCGUACCUCGCUCGUCUGUUCAAGAGGAUUCGGGAAGAAGGCACAGCAGAGAAGGAAUGCAAGCGGAUCGAACACUUAAUCAUGGGCCUCUUUGGAUAUGCUCAAAAACGCAGAGAGGAGUAUUACCUUCUGAAGGUGAUUGCUCGAUCGAUACGUGAAGAAGUCGACACAUGCAACUCUAUUCAAGACUACCUACGUGGCAAUUUCUUUUGCUCUAGGAUACUCAGCAACUACACGCGCUCGCCCCGCGAUAGAAAAUACCUGAGAGAUCUCCUUGGUCCUCUGAUUCGCGACAAUAUUGUCGAGGAUCCAGCCUUGGAUCUUGAAAGUGACCCCAUGCAGAUCUAUAAGUCUGCUAUCAACAACGAAGAACUCCGAACUGGCCGACCAAGCAGGAGGCCACUCGACGUGCCUAGAGACCUGGCCAUCAAGGACCCUGAGACACGCGAACUGUUCAUCGACCACCUGCGCGAUCUCCGAGAAAUCUGCGAUCAGUUCUUCGCUGCACUAGAAGAUUUCCUGCCAAGAAUGCCAUAUGGGCUUCGGUUCAUUUGCUUGCAAACCUUCCAGGCCUUGCGCCAACGAUUUAGCAGAGAGCCACAGCACCAAGUUCUACAGCUCAUCACCAACUGGGUCUGGAAAUUCUAUUUACAGCCUGCUUUAGUAAACCCCGAACAGGUUGGCGUGAUGGAGAAGACGCUCAGCCCGUUGCAAAAGCGCAACCUUGGCGAGGUGUCCAAGGUUCUAAGCCAGAUCGCUUCUGGUCGACCAUUUGGUGGCGAGAAUGUUUAUUUGCAGCCUCUGAACGCAUUUGUUGCUGAUUCAGCCGAACGCUUCGCACAUAUCACCAACGACCUUAUUUCCGUCGCCGAUGCCGAAAGUACGUUCGAUAUCGAUGAAUAUAACGACCUCUAUUCCAAGAACAAGCCUACGCUCUACAUCAAGAUGGGUGACAUCUUUGCGAUUCACAAUUUGGUCGCACAACAACUUGCCUUCGUCUGCCCUGGCCGUGACGAUAUGCUGCGGGAGAUCAUGCAAGAUCUCGGUAGUGCGAAGAGCAACGAGAACGAGAUGACCGGUACAGGUUCGUCCGAUGUCCAACUAUUUUUGACACCGAAACUGCAUGAUGUCGAUGACCCAGAGGCCGAUGUGAAGUCACUGUUCAUGGAGACCAAACGUUGUAUCCUCUAUAUCAUUCGUGUGCAGAGCGGUAGUAACCUGCUCGAAAUUCUUGUCCGGCCACCAACACAAGAGGAUGAACAAAAAUGGCAAGCCGUUCUCCAUGAAGACUUUGCGUCUGGCGAUAACACCAAAGGUGCUUACUCGGACGCUAAUAUGGUUGAUGUCACCCGGACGUCAUACUAUGAUAUGAAACGAAACGCUCUCGAGAACAUUAUGCGACUAGAACAUAUGGGUCGUAUCUCCAAGCAAAACUAUUACCAGGAUAUUCUCAACGCUAUUGCUCUCGACAUUCGCACCAAGAGCAGGCGACGUGUCCAAAGACAGCGUGAGCUUGAAGGUGUUCGUAUGACGCUCAGUAACUUGCAUCAGAAGGCUGCAUACUUAGAGCAGCAACGCGGGAGCUACGACGACUACAUUGAGCAGGCUAUGGCUACCCUGCAAAAGAGCAAGGGUAAAAAACGUUUCCUACUUCCCUUCACCAAGCAAUUCAACCACCAGCGCGAACUCGAACGCUCCGGCCGCGUGCCCAAGUUCGGCUCUUACAAAUACAGCGUCCGUGCUCUCGCCGACAGAGGUGUGGUGGUCUCAUGGCAGGGAUCGCCUGAGCGAGACUGGGGCGUCAUCAACCUGACCAUCAGCUGUGACGAAGUUGGUGUCUUUAAUGUCGAGGGAAGCCGUGGCCAUAUCCAGAUUCCUGGUGCGAGCGCUUCAAUACCAAUCGAAGAUGUGCUGCAGGCUCAGUUCGAAUCACAUCAAUUCAUGAAUGUCUUCGAGGGCAACUUGAAGUUGAAUGUCAACUUGCUGCUUCACCUGCUGUACAAGAAGUUCUACCGGACACAAUAA